CGACACCUAUUGUCAGAUUUUACGCAGGAAGAAUGCAUAGAAUGAUUCGCGCCAGUGGGAUAUUGUUCCAGCUUUCAUCAAACACACGACAUUAUUUUCAACAUGUGUAUUUGACAUAAAUUUUUGAAAACAAUGCAUUUUAUCAGAGAGUGAGUUUGGGUAAUCAGAAGUUCCGCUUUGAAAUAUUUCGCGGAAUAUUAUAGGCAAAUAACAUAAGCACAACAAACAUGGCGGACACUGUGAACGGUGUUUUGGAAAUGACUGCCGCACAUGUAUUGGGUCAAGAUACUUUGAUUGUAUCGGGUGACGGCAUACACAAUUCAGAAAACGAUGUUGCAGAUGAAGAUCUAUUACAGCAAGCAUUAGAUGAAGCAUCGGGCGAUUUAGUGGCCACAAGUUUAACGCCAGAAGACGAAUCUGUUGCUGUAAAUAUUGCCGAUACGGUUGCAGAUGGGACGUUCAACACAUCACACGGUGUCGCGGGCGAAGUGACGUUUGAUAAUGUGACAUAUUCUGUAGUUACUGAAAGUGAUAAUGUAACGUAUGCAGCCACAUCUGGGGCCACGUUGGAGCCGUCGGACAGUUUAUCAGAAGACGGGCCCCUGCACACCAGCAUAAGUACUAUAGAGGAGGGUGAGGAUGAUGGUGAACUAGGGGACACAGUAACCACAAGUUCAGGUGUAUCUGUGAGACUUGUACCUGUUAAUCAGGCGAGUGGGGCACCUCUUGGAUCUAGUCAAAAUCCCAUUCGCAUCAUACAACAAGGUAAUCAGUAUACACCUGUACAACACCUCACUACAGAACAGCUGCAACAGAUUAUGCAGGUAGUGCAGGAGCAACAGGUAGCUAAAAGCACAGCACAGGAGGGUUCCAGUAUUCUCUACAACCCCCAGACUAACACUCGCAUUGUAUACAGAGUUAUCUACCCCUCAGAACUUCACAAGUCUGGUGGCAGUGGUACUCCUAUCACACUCCAAUCACAGGGACAGCAGACUGUUGUGCUAAGUCAAAGUAGUCGCAGACCUUACAAGAAACGCAAGUUAGAAGAAGAUCCCGAUAAACAACAGGAUGGACCUGAUUUAUCCAAAGAGGAAAAAGAACUUAGAAAAAAACACAGGCCACGUACAAGAUCGGGUAGAAUAUCUAAACCACCAAAGCACAUGGUGAAAGACUAUAAACAUAUUCACGUUUUAGAUUGGGAUGAGGAUUAUGAUGAUUCAGAUGGAGGUUAUUCAGACUUUAAAUACAGUGAGGAUGAACGAGAAGAGAGGGAGGGAUCUGAAUCAAUAGGCAUUGAGACAGGUGUGGGACAUCCUCGCCCGAAGAACUGGAAGUGCGAGACCUGUCACAAGUCUUAUAUUGGACGAGGUGGACUGGGCCGUCACUACCGACUCAACCCAGAACAUGGCUCUGUUGAUGACCUGCCCGAGGAAACUCUCCACUCUUUUGCCAGGGUUUCCCAUAAUGGUCUAAGCAACAGUACAGGUAAUUUGUCGGAGGACAGUAAUACUCAGGACUCCAUCUCUGGGAUCCCCUCCACUGGGACACCCAACAAGAUGUUCCAUCAGCGAGGAGGAUACCGGGGACGCAACUUUGAAAAUCCACUCAAGCGAAAAAAUAAACUGCGAGAUCUGAUCCGACAGUGUGAGGAUGAGGAGCUGAUGGAGGUGGUCCUGCCUCGCCUCGCCCAGGUCAUCACUCUCUGGGAAUUUCUCCUCAUGAAAGUAGAGAAGGGCAAGCCAUCCCUCCCUCAUGUUGACGACAUCUACCACGAGUUUGAGGCACUUUCCAAACAAGUUCAGAAAUUCUGCAAAACCUAUCUGAAGCCACUAGCUAACACAGAAAAUAACAUCAGCAAUGUAAAAAAGUUAAAGGUGGAGAACAAAGGUAUGGCUGAGGUGCUUAAUUUGGAGCUAAAUACAUAUGAAGUAAAAGAGAUUCCUGCCAGUGAGUUAUCAACAUUCCACUAUAGACAAAUAUCUAGUGACCCUGCACGUGUAGACAUCAGCCUCAAGCCUCGUGUGAAACGUGUGGAGUAUGUCACCCAGCGACAGUUGCUCUCCAAGAUGGCCGCUGGGAAGCAGCUGACAAGGACCACGUUGGGUGGCUCAGGUGGAAAUAAUUUUGUGUUCACAACAGGGCGACCAGUUGUCAUGGAGGCAAGUAACGGUAAAAUGUCUUCCUCUUCAACUACGGCAUUGCUUGACAAUCAAAAGUUUGGUAAGAUAGACAGUAUCGUGCAAUCAGUUACACCAGUGUCCUCAACACAGCCAAGGUUUGUGACAGUGUCAGCAGCACCUAGUCAUGGAGGCACGGUGCUCACAUCGUCUAAUACAAACAGUCUGGCACAGGGGGUCGGUAAACAGUCCAGUAGUAUGCCAGUAGUUAUACAAACGGUGGAGUCUAAACCAGGCAUUAAACCAAGUGUUGUGGGUGGUAUCAGUUUACUACCACCAAACCUUGCCUCGCUGGCAAACGCUCAGAAGGCGUCCACGUCACAGCCAGUGACUGUGAGUAUGACAUCUAAUCUAGUUCAGUCCUCAACACCUACUAACACGAUAGUAAUUCAGUCACUGCCCAACCAAUCUCCCUCAAAUACAGUCGUAGAAAACUUACUGGAAGCUAGCUCCAUGGACAGAUCUGCAAAUGACAACCAACAAAACAGUGUUACCUCAUUGACUGGGCCCCUGACUUCUGUACCAAUGUCUGUGGUACAUGGUCUAGUAAUUGAGGAGUCAGCGAUUCAGCUGUCCUCCCUCUCCCCAGUCACCAACGGGGAGAAAAACAUGGAUAUUUCUGUUGUGGUUGAGGAGGAGGAGGAGGAACAAGAUAACUCUCCACAGGAGGAGUUACAAAAGUCCCUUGAUACAGACACAAUUUUAUGUAAAAACGAGGUUGAGAGCCUUGACAAUAUAAUGGAUACCAGUGAUACCAUUGUGGAAGCUACGGGAGAAUUUCAGGAAGCGGAAAUGGUGCAACUAGUACAGGACCAGAUUCUGGAGGAGGAGGGUGUGGAGGGCAUACAGGUGCCCUCGGACCACAUCAUCACUGCCUCAAAUAUCUACCAGACAGCUGAUGGCAUAAUUAUCAUCCAGAACCAAGAUGGGAGCACGGUACAACUCCAGGGUGGGGACGGAGAGCCCAUUCCCUUGGAAACUGUACAGGCCCUGCUGGCCAUGGACGGACAGCUUUUACAGACCACACUGGAAGAAGGGGAACAACUCCAGCUCGACCAGUAAAUAUGGACAUUGAAACUGCAAUAAUAUCACUAGAUCGUAAUAGCUAUAGACCAUGUUGAGGGGAGGGAAACAACAGUUCUAAUUAUAUUACAGCACUUUUGGCUAGUACAAAUUUAGUUAUAUAAUAUAAGCUUCUACCUGGAUAAAUCUCACUUACUCCUUCACUGUUUUGUAAUUUGUAACUUUUGACAGACAACACAUUACAGGAAACUUGUCAAAUUUGCAGCAUUACUUGCUCUUUUGUAAGACAUAGCUAUUCUGAUAAUAGGUAUAAUUCAUGAAAACAAUGUAUUUCAGUCAAAACUGUUGCACAAAUGUAUCUGUUUAGAGUUCUGUUGUAUAGCCGGAAUUCCCCAGCUGUAGUAUGAAUACUUUCUGUAUACAUUUUUGGACAAGAACAUUAUUCAUAAAAUAGUACCGUGAUGUAGGUAAAUCAAAAUUUUCAUUGGAAUUAAAUUGAGUACUGGUUUCCAGGCUUGGUUUAGUAGGGAUACAAAGUAUAGUAUACCAUCACUGUAGACAAUGACAUAAAUUUGUGAAAUCGUUAAAUUUUAAGUGUAUGGGAAAGCGGUUGACUCUAUGGCCUGGUUAUAAUUAAAACAAAACUUGUAGCUGUAGUGAAAUCAGAUGUUAACUCCUCUAAAAAAUUCUCUUUCCCCAGAAUAAAUUCAACAUCUUCCACAUCUAGUCAAUAAAUUGAAGACGUAUAUCUUUUUUUCUCAACUUUUGGAAUUUAAAUUAAAAAGUUUAAACAAAGUCAAGUGAAGUUAACUUUUAGUUAUAGUUGUAAUUUUGUAAUUUUGGAUUUAAACAUAGUAACUAGCUUUAAGGAUCUCUGUGCCACUGCAGGCAAAACACUUAAGAGAAUUCCACUGUAGUUUUUUGUACUUACAGCAACCUCCUUUAUUUCAUUUUGGAUAAUUGUAGUGCGACUAACUAUCAUGACUCGGUCAAGGUACUACAGUACUACUAGAGCAACAGUAUAAUGAAUAGAGGUCCUGGGUUUGAAUCCUGGUAUAUAUGGUGCCAUUGCAAUUUAACACAUUUCGAACACUGUUGUUACUUUUUUGUUUUUUUCAUCUAAAUAACUUUUUCAAUAAAGUUUUGCAAGAUAUUUUUUUCAUAUAUAUGUCAGAUCUAUAGACAUGUCAAAAAGAUAUUUCCGACGUAGAGGUUCAGUUUUUGGCAGUGGUACAGGGGUCCAUGUACACCUUUAUUAAAGUGUAGCUUUUAUGUGUUGAGCUACCACUUGUCUAUAACUGUCGGUUAGAUCAUCUGCCAAGUACUUCUUUCUAUCUGGCUAUGAAAAAAAAAAUACACACACAAAAACUUUUUCUCAAAUUCACCAGCCCAGAAAGAUAUAGGUAUAAGAGGAAGGUGUUAAUUAGCCUUCACACAAGUUUUAUUUCAGAAAGUUGUUGAUGACUUGGUUUUCCUUGACCCAGGUAUCUUUGUCAAGUGUUUAUGUAUACCGGGAAAUGUUAGUCACAGUGCAGCUGCCCUUUUCACUCUCCAUUAUGAGGACAAAUCUCUCAAAAAUCUCUCAAAAACUUUUCACUGCAGUUAAAUUUAUGCCUUUUCGUCCUCUGCAAUAAGGGCAAAUUUAUCAUAAUGGCCAAUGUGACAGCACAGUUUACCCUAUAUAGUCAUUACAUGCAAAGACAAAAUGUAUACUGGAUAAAUAAGGUUUUUUUCACUGGGCAAAUGUUUCAGGACAGUGUGAGUGAAUAUCAUUACACAUGUUUCCAUACAUAGAAUUUCCAUUAUGAAGGGUAACAUUUGCUUCAGUUCCCUUGAGCAAGUAUACAGUACACAGUGCCAGGUAGUGAGCUUUACCGAUCCCAAAUCACAACAUAAGGUGUUGUCUACAAUGACCAGGAUAUAGUUACUAGAAGUUAAAGGUCAAAAGAAUGAAUACAUUGAAGAUGUGAUAUACCAACCUGAAGCAGUAAAUCACACUGAAUUCAUAUUAAGGCAGAAUAAAGUACAGUCAAUCUUCGAUGUUUCAAACUUUGCGAGACUAUCUGGGAAAAUUAAAAACAUUGAGACUUUGACUCGCAAAUGUUGAUCUUCAUUUUCUUUUUAGAUUUUGCAUAUACUGCAUAAGACCAAGUGUGGUUUGGAAGUGAUGGAACACUGGGCUAAAAACUCAUUUGAAAUCUGUAAUCAUUGGUUUUAUACAAUUAGAAAAAAUGUGUCAUGUACACUGUAUAUAGUUUGCAUGUUUGGGUGUUAAAAUGACCCCUGGACACACUAAUAUUCUUGUACAGGUAAUUGUUUUACUUUUAUUUAUUAGUUGUAAUUUCCAAUGAUUUCCUAAUGAUAGGACCUUGAUUGUAGUUUGAAACGGUGAGAAAUUUGACUCAUCAAAGUUUGAUUCAUAAAGGGAAUAUCAGUAGAGUUGUAUAAAGAUCGACAAAGCCAGUAAUUUGAAUCUUCAAAGUUUGAUUUAUAGAAGUUUGACUGUACUUUGGUCAUGAUUUAAAUAUUUUGUGAAUGUUUGUAGUGCUAAUGUAUACUGGACUACACCUGACACGUUGUAAUGUGUAUGUGUACCGUGAUAUCAGUAGUUUACGUCAAGAGAGAAGACAGUUGGACGUGCAAGGUUUGGAAUGGAAGGUUUAGGUAUGAUUCGGUACCUUUAUAGAAAAUUAUGAGUUCAAAAUAUUUUGAAUAUUGUACAUUUUUUUGAGAUGUUAAAUAUCAGGCUGUUAUGAAUUGUGCGAGAGACAUAUUGUCGAUGUACCAAUUAUAACACUCCUAGUUUUGCGCACUCUGCUAUAGUUAACAUUUCAGCGCAAUAAAGAGUUGGUGUCGAGACGUUUUCUUCAAUAGUUUACAAUAUUGUUAGAAUGGAAAUAAUUUAUAAACAAUGUACAUGAUUAAGUGCUCCAAGCUAGUGUCAAAAGUGCUAAACUGUGUCAAGUGUUACAAGUAUGCUUACAGAGGGGUGGUAGACCAUGUGAUGUGAGCUUUGCCAGAUAUGUUAUUACUGGUGAAAUACUGGAACAUCCAAUAUUAAUAGUCCUACAGCCAUAGUGGAAUCUAGGAUUUAUGGCAGAGCAAAUCUUGCUAUAAAAUAUGUGUAGCAAUAUCAUGUUUUUAUACAAAGUUGUAUUAUACAUUCUGUUCAUUGUCAAACAGUUGUAACAGAUUACAUAUUUAUUGGCAAACAGUUACAAAUUACUGUAUAUGUAAGACCUGUCUUUGUUCUAAUACCAGGAAAUAUUGAAAGAUAGUGAGAAUUCUUUUCAAAGAGCAGCUAUAGAAAUUUUAAUAAAUAUCUUAAACUUUUUGCAAAGACAGUUUAAUGUAUUAAAAUUCUUACUC